AUGCCCAUCUACGACAUAACCCACUACCUCCCCAUCGAAACACUCCCACCCCCCGAAACCGACAAAACCUACUACACCAAACCCAUCCUCGUGCUCAUCGUCUCCCACCGAAUCAACACCUGGAACAAAUACCUCUCUCUCGUCCGAAAACUCCAGCGCGAGGCCCGCCUCCUCUGCGUCACAAACGUCUACGACCUGAACGAGCUGGUUGACGAGCACGCAGACGAGAUUGCGGGCUUUAUCGUCACGACGGGGGAUAUCAUGCUCGCGGACGAGUACGUUCCUGUCCUCCCACCUCGUCUAACCCAAAGCAACAACCCAAACUCCAGCUCAAACUCAGCUGAAACUGAGUCUGAAACCGGAGGAAUUAUAGAAGGCCUCCCCACCCGCCUCCCCACCCUCCUCAAACACCACGCAUACUCCCUCAUCUUCGCCUUCGAGUUCCCCCGCGCAGCAGCCAGAUACCCCACCUCCUUUACAGCCUUUAUGCAGACACACUUCGACCUCAACUGGACCAUCGCGGGGCCAUCGCGGCAGCGGGUAGCGAUGGAACUACAGACACAUAUUCCGGGGAUGUUAGCGGCGAGGAACUACCGCCGGUGGUCCAAUAUCCGGGGUGUGUUUCUGCGGGGGGUCCCGCGGCAGGAAAAAGUGUUGGUGAGUUGUGAAGAUGGAGAGGUUGAGUUUGGGGAGGGGGAGAGGAUGAACCGGUGGACGCUUUGGCAUCGGAGGCCGUGGAUUGAGACGCCGGAUACGGUUGUUGGGGAGUGGGAUGAGAUUCAGACUGAGGGUGAGGUGGCUGGUGACGAGGAGGGAUAUCUGGGGGAUAAUGAGGAGAUGGAUGAAGGCGACGACGAAGAUGAUGAAGAUGGAGAUGGGGAGGACGACGAUGAAAAGCUUCGUGCCGAUUGCCCUGUUGCCAUCCACGAGGUCAAACCCGCGAACGACACCGAAACCGAGGAGGGAGGAGGAGGAGGAGGAGGAGGAGGAGGAGGAGGAAGCUAUGUUGCCUUUAUCGGUCACCUGGAGGACAGCCGCUCGAUGGCCUCGUUGAUACUAGGGAUCUGUGGUGUUGAGAUGGACGAUUCUGAAUAG